AUCCGACGAGGGUCCAAAGAGUAUAAAUUGCCCCACCCAGAAAAAAUGUUACACAUUUCUCACAAUAGACACAUAAAGGUCUCUGCGUGAGAACUGUCUAUAAAUACAUUUUUUUCUUAAUCCGUAGACAGCAUUUUUUACGGAGCAGCGUAAUCAUGCGUGAGUGCAUCUCCAUCCACGUGGGUCAAGCCGGUGUGCAGAUUGGCAAUGCAUGCUGGGAGCUCUACUGCCUGGAACAUGGGAUCCAGCCGGACGGCCAGAUGCCCAGUGACAAGACCAUCGGAGGAGGGGAUGAUUCCUUCAACACCUUCUUCAGUGAGACUGGAGCUGGGAAGCAUGUUCCCAGGGCUGUGUUUGUAGAUCUGGAGCCUACAGUUAUCGAUGAGGUACGCUCUGGGACCUACCGCCAGCUGUUCCACCCUGAACAGCUCAUCACUGGCAAAGAAGAUGCUGCCAACAACUACGCCCGUGGGCACUACACCAUUGGCAAAGAGAUCAUCGACCUGGUGCUGGACAGGGUCCGCAAGCUGGCUGACCAGUGCACAGGCCUUCAGGGUUUCCUGGUCUUCCACAGCUUUGGAGGUGGUACCGGUUCUGGUUUCACCUCUCUGCUGAUGGAACGCCUGUCAGUUGACUAUGGCAAGAAAUCCAAGCUGGAGUUCUCCAUCUACCCAGCUCCCCAGGUGUCCACAGCUGUAGUGGAGCCCUACAACUCCAUCCUGACCACACACACCACCCUGGAGCACUCUGAUUGUGCUUUCAUGGUGGACAAUGAGGCCAUCUAUGACAUCUGCCGUAGGAACCUCGAUAUUGAGCGCCCCACCUACACCAACCUCAACAGGCUUAUUAGUCAAAUAGUUUCCUCCAUCACAGCCUCCCUUCGAUUUGAUGGUGCCCUGAAUGUUGAUCUGACAGAGUUCCAGACCAACUUGGUGCCGUAUCCUCGUAUCCACUUCCCUCUAGCUACAUAUGCCCCAGUCAUUUCUGCAGAGAAGGCCUACCAUGAGCAGUUAACUGUAGCCGAGAUCACCAAUGCCUGCUUUGAGCCGGCUAAUCAGAUGGUCAAAUGUGACCCCCGUCAUGGCAAGUACAUGGCCUGCUGUCUGCUGUACCGUGGUGACGUGGUGCCCAAAGAUGUCAAUGCUGCCAUCGCCACCAUCAAGACCAAGCGCACCAUCCAGUUUGUGGACUGGUGCCCCACUGGUUUCAAGGUGGGCAUUAACUACCAGCCCCCUACUGUGGUUCCUGGUGGAGACCUGGCCAAGGUUCAGAGAGCAGUGUGCAUGCUGAGCAACACCACUGCUAUCGCUGAGGCCUGGGCUCGCCUGGACCACAAGUUUGACCUGAUGUACGCAAAGCGAGCCUUUGUUCACUGGUAUGUGGGUGAGGGUAUGGAGGAGGGAGAGUUCUCUGAGGCCAGAGAAGACAUGGCAGCUCUAGAGAAGGAUUAUGAAGAGGUGGGAGCUGAUAGUAUGGAUGGAGAAGAAGAAGGAGAAGAGUACUAAGGGUCUCUUCCCAACAGAUUUCUGGUUGUCAUUCCUUAUUCUCCCCCUGUACCCAAAACAGGCUUAACUUAAAACUUUGUUCCAUUCUGUUCUUUGAACACUUCUGCAAUAAAUGUGAAUUUAAAACGAAA